AAAAUCUUGUAAUCGCGAGUUACGGGUUGUCCACAUCCUUUACACGAGUGGACUUGACCAAGCUCCUUUUCAAAAAUUCCGACUGGUUAUCGAGGACUAGAAAUCCGGUCACCAUCGCCGGAGACAACCUCGAUUUCAACAACAAGAAACCAUCGUGAAGGACGGAAAAAAGGGGCUUGAAGAUAAAAAAAACAAUGACGAGCGUUUUCGACGAUCCCAAACCCUCCGAUCACAAUCCUAACGAGUCCAAGAUCGUAAUCAACGGAGAGGAAGAAGAAGAGGAGGAGAUCAAUGACAAUCCGAUUGAAGAAGUCCGGUUAACCGUACCGAUAACGGACGAUCCAACACUACCGGUUCUAACGUUCCGAACAUGGUUUCUUGGACUGCUUUCUUGCAUAUUGCUUGCGUUCGUGAACCAGUUCUUUAGUUUCCGGUCGAACCAGCUUUGGGUAUCUUCCGUUGCGGCUCAGAUCGUGACUCUUCCGUUAGGGAAACUCAUGGCGGCGACGCUUCCGACAAAGAAAUUCGGGUUUCCGGGGACGAACUGGUCGUGGUCGUUUAACCCUGGUCCGUUCAAUAUGAAGGAACAUGUUCUUAUCACAAUAUUUGCUAAUACCGGAGCUGGAGGAGCUUACGCCACCAGUAUUAUUACCAUUGUCAAAGCUUUUUACCACCGUCAACUCAAUGUCGCCGCCGCAAUGUUGCUCACACAAACCACUCAGUUGUUGGGUUAUGGAUGGGCUGGACUUUUCAGGAAGUUCCUAGUGGAAUCGCCGUAUAUGUGGUGGCCGUCGAAUCUUGUUCAAGUCUCACUCUUUAGAGCUUUACAUGAGAAGGAGGAUCCAGAAAAGAAGCAACAAACAAGGCUAAGAUUCUUCCUUAUUGUCUUUGGCAUCAGCUUUGCUUACUACAUAAUCCCUGGUUACCUUUUCCCUUCCAUUUCCGCAAUUUCAUUCGUCUGCUGGAUUUGGAAAAGCUCAGUGACCGCUCAGAUAGUCGGUUCCGGGCUCAAGGGUUUAGGAGUUGGUUCGUUUGGUCUUGAUUGGUCCACAGUUGCUGGUUUCUUGGGCAGUCCAUUGGCUGUACCCUUCUUCGCCAUAGCCAACUUCUUUGGCGGAUUCUUCAUCUUCUUGUACAUUGUUCUGCCUAUCUUCUACUGGACUAAUGCUUAUGAUGCACAGAAGUUUCCCUUCUACACUUCCCAAACCUUUGAUCAGACUGGAAAUUCCUAUAACAUUACACGUAUCCUCAAUGAGAAGAACUUCGAUAUCAAUCUAGACGCUUACAACGGUUACGGCAAGCUCUAUCUGAGUGUGAUGUUCGCGUUGCUCUAUGGACUCAGCUUUGGUUCUCUUUUCGCUACCAUCUCUCAUGUUGCCCUCUAUGACGGAAAGUUUAUAUGGGGAAUGUGGAAGAAGGCAAAGACAGCAACAAAGGACAAGUUCGGAGAUGUGCAUUCAAGAUUGAUGAAGAAGAACUAUCAAUCAGUACCUCAAUGGUGGUUCAUCGCAGUUCUCGUUGUUUCAUUUGCUUUCGCACUCUAUGCUUGUGAGGGCUUUGACAAACAGCUUCAGCUUCCAUGGUGGGGACUUAUACUCGCAUGCACCAUCGCCUUGUUCUUUACAUUGCCUAUAGGAGUUAUCCAAGCAACUACGAACCAGCAAAUGGGUCUUAAUGUUAUAACAGAGCUGAUCAUCGGUUACUUAUACCCGGGAAGGCCACUAGCCAAUGUGGCUUUUAAGACCUACGGAUACAUCAGUAUGUCUCAAGCCUUGUACUUUGUUGGAGACUUCAAGCUUGGUCACUACAUGAAGGUUCCUCCAAAAUCUAUGUUCAUUGUCCAGCUUGUUGCAACUGUGGUUGCAUCAAGCGUCUGCUUCGGUACAACCUGGUGGCUCAUUACCUCCGUUGAGAACAUAUGUAACCCGGAUUUGCUCCCUGUGGGUAGUCCAUGGACUUGUCCUGGAGAUGAAGUGUUUUACAAUGCAUCGAUCAUAUGGGGAGUGAUCGGUCCAAGGAGAAUGUUUACCAAAGAAGGUAUCUACCCUGGGAUGAACUGGUUCUUCCUCAUCGGUAUCUUGGCUCCAGUGCCUUUCUGGUACCUAUCGAGGAAGUUCCCAGAGAAGAAAUGGCUAAAACAGAUCCAUAUUCCUUUGAUCUUCUCUGCGGUAAGCGCAAUGCCACAAGCCAAGGCUGUGCAUUACUGGUCCUGGGCCUUCGUUGGGGUUGUGUUCAACUACUACAUCUUCAGAAGGUAUAAAGCUUGGUGGGCAAGGCACAACUACAUCCUCUCUGCAGCGCUUGAUGCAGGUACCGCGAUUAUGGGAGUGUUGAUUUUCUUUGCGUUUCAGAACAAUGAUAUAAGCUUACCAGAUUGGUGGGGGCUUGAGAAUUCAGACCAUUGCCCUCUAGCUCAUUGCCCGACAGCGAAAGGUGUUGUCGUUGAAGGUUGUCCAGUGUUUUAAGGUUAAUGCAGAUGAAGCCUUGCCCUGAUUUGGGUUUAUUGUUGAUGUCGGAAAACGCUUUGGUGAUCGUUAUAUCUGUGUAAAAACCCGUCCCUAAGAAGUUUAAGUGAUUCAGGCAAUGUAAAAGGACUAGGUUUGGUUUUAUGUUCUUUAGGAUUUAACUAUGUACUUCGCAA